GGAAGGGGCGGUCUCGUGCGCGGAAGCGGGGAAACAAACUGCAAAGCUCCAGGAAUCGGAAUGGCCGUCAUGCUGCCGGCUGACUGCGCCCGUCGGCUGGUGUCUGAGCUUCAGGGUGCGCUGGACGUCUGCGCAGAGCGACAGCGGCAACUGGAGCAAAGCCUACGCGUCUCCCGGCGGCUGCUGCAGGCCUGGGAACCAGCAGGGACCACAGCUGUGGAGCCACCUCCUGGGUCAGAAACUAAAAAAGAGGAUCCUUCUCCAGCAUGCACAUCAAACCCCCAAGACCUCAAGGAGAUGGAGCUUCUGACCCAAGCACUGGAGAAGGCAAUACGGGUGCGGAAAGGCAUCUCUAAAUCUGGAGAAAGAGGCAGAACCCCCAGCCUGAAAUCUGGGUCCAUUGCUAUAUCUUCUGGCACCACUGCCUCUGCCCUACCCCAGUCCUCCAGCCGGGCUGCCCACUAUUCUUCAAGGACAAGACCCAUGAAGGGUAUCCAUCAGACUACGGUGCCUACCAAGGGUCACGCUGAGCACAGGCUUCCAUUGGUGAGAAACAGGUCUCAUGUGGGGCUAGGAGCCCAAGCCACCAGGCUUGAAUUGAACCAUGGGAAAAAAAUGACCCUGUCACCUGCUCAUCAUACAGCAGAAACCUUCACACUCAAGGAGAAGGGCUGGCCAACUGCAGCAGGUGGCUGGGAUGGUACCAGGUUUGACAUGCUGGAGGCUGACCUGCCAUCUCCACCAGCUACCCUUUUAUUUACCCAGCCCAGGGGCUCCAGGACCCUGCUAAAGCUGCCCUUGGCCUUCAGGAAGGCGGCUUCCCGGAAUUCCUGCCUAUGGACCCAGCUCAACUCCACACAAACCAAUGAUUCCACAGAUGCCACCAGUGCUGCCAAAACCCAGUUCCUUCAGAAAAUGCAGAUAUCUUCAAGCACAUCCAGCUCCAAGUUCAGUGCCGUGGAGAUAGAGAUGGAGACCCAACGCCUGCAGAAAGCCUGUGCACUACUUAGACGACGCAUGCAAGAAGAGCUCUCAGCAGCCCCUGUAGACUGGAUGCAGGAGUACCAAUGCCUGCUCAUUCUGGAGGGGCUGCAGACCAUGGCUCAGCAGUAUCUCCAUAAGGUGCAGGAACUCUGUACAGCUCUGACAGAACAGUUACCAGGAUCUAAUCUCAUGGGGAGGCCUCUCCAGGCCUCAUUACCCUCUGGCGGUCAUGUAUGUACUUCUUGGGGCCCCCAGCUCCUUCUCUACUCCAGCACUCAACAGCUGAAGACCCUGGGAACUCUCAGGCUGCGGGUAGCCAUGCUGGAGCAGCAGAUCCACCUAGAAAAGGACCUACUGGGGUGACAUGAAUAACUAAGCACCCCUAACCUGCUGUGAAGGGCCCCACAUACACUGCACACCCUGGAUGUGUAGUGCCUUAGGAGAAAGGAAGACUGGAAUAUGGAAAUUUGUCCCAGGAUUUCCUGCCUGUUGGAGUUCUGGGAUAGCAGCUAAAACAGGUCCCUACUAAGACCAUGGCAUUAUACUGCUCCCAGGUUCUGAUGGCUGAACUCCUUCCCAUUGUGAGCACCCAGGAGCCACAGGGCCAACCCUGGCUGGCUCUGUGCCGAGCUGCCCAUAGCCUGCUCUGCGAGGGAGGUGAGCGCUUCCUCACAGUCCUGCGAGAAGAUCCUGCAGACUGAUCCUACAGCCCAGGUCUUGGCAUCCUGGGGCAAGGAAACCUUUCAGAAAGAGCCUUCUCCUGGAUGGAGUAAAGGGAACUGGGGGUGAGGAGAAUUUCAACCCCCCUGUAUCUCACUGUGUAUCCAAGGUGGAGUAAGUGGGCUGCCUUAUGUCUUCUCAUUGUGGCCAAACCUGCUGGUCAGGGCUCAGAUUUCUGCCUCUCUGGGACCUAGCAGCUGAGAUGUGGGGAUGGAGGGUUUUGUCUGUUUUCUCACUGUAGAUCUAAGAACUGGUUUUAUAUUAAAACUACUACUUUAGGAAGUAUAUCUAUUUAAGUCAUACCAAA